AUGAGUCGCAACUUCAUCCCCGCGGCAUUAGCCAUCGGCAUGGGAAUAUUGACCGGCUACUAUACCUUCCAACCCGCACUACAAGAACUGCAAAUCGAGAAGCGCAAGCCUCAACCACAUGAGUUAGCCUCAAAUGAAGCCUCAGACUCCCGCGGCAAGCUCGGAGACCAAGCCGUCAGACCAGCAGACCAGGUAGCGCUGAGCGAGAAACCGGAUGAAGGCGGAAUUGAAGAGAAUGUUCCUGCUGGAGCAGGGACUUCGAACCGGAUCCACAGUGCUGAACCAAGUUGGAGCGAAGUGGUGCAAGACAUCUCUGCCUGGAGACAGAACUUCAAAGCGCGCUCCCAAGGGACCGCGCGCUGCGCCAUCGCGGGACCAGGCAGCUACCUGUUUGAUGGAGUAGAGCUCAUCCUCAACUCGGUUCUGCCAGCAGUUUCGCAUCGGCGUCAACGGUGUCGACGGAUUUGCUUUACAGCUUAA